UCCGGGCUGGUCGCGGCGCGCUCGGGAUGUUCGGGCUGAGCCUCCGCCGCGUGGUCCGCGCGCGCGGAAGGCUGCGCGCGCAUUCCACUACUCCGCCGGCUUGGUAUCACUUGCUGAACCUUAAAAAAGUAGACAAGCCCAUGGGAGAAACCCCCAAUAAAAUAAGCUACUUGAAGCCAUUAAAGUCACUGGAGCCUGAUUCGUUGCUGAAACUACUGAAAACAUCUAUAAUUCAUGCGGACGGUACCCUCGUGGCUAUUAACAAACCUUGUGGUAUCUCUGUAUCAGGCAAGCCAGAAGACCUGACUUUGCAAUCUGUUCUGCCACAGCUAAGCCAGAAUCUAAAUCUCCCACAAGAUCUCCAGGUGAUCAAAGCACCAGAAAAGGAAGGUUCUGGACUUGUUCUGCUGUCAAGCUGCCCCAAAACCACCCAAUAUAUCCAAGAUUUUUAUAGUCAGCGUAAGAAGAAAAAACAUCCAGUUGCUACUUACUGUGCUGUUACUACCAGGACUCCAGUAGCUAUGGAAGGAGAAAUUCAUAUAGGCCUCAAGAUGGUGGACAUUGAUGGCUUUGACCUGGUAGUGCCAGUGACUUCCCCUUCUCGUAAGAGUCUCCAAACAAAGGCGGUAAAAAAGACAUUGACAUACUACAAAGUGCUGGACUCAAAGGACGGCUGUGCCCUGUUGCAGCUGCAGCCAGUGACAACUUUCCGGAACCAGAUGCAGGUACACCUGACCCAGAUCCUGAGCCCUGUGCUAGGAGAUCAUGUGUAUUCUUCUCGGGUGGGAACAGUUCUUGGAGAACCUUUUCUCAUGCCUGCUGAGGAGACUCCGCCUCGGACGCAGGUUCUGGAGGAACAUUUGAUGCAAAAGCUCCGGUUACGGCAACAAGUGAUGUUCCGCUUGCAGCUUCAUCUCCACCUCCACCAGCUUCUCCUCCCUGAUGGUUGCUGUUCUUCUCGCACUCUAUUGGUGGCCCCUCCCCCUCCUUUUUUCCUCCAGACUCUUCGUCACCUCGGACUUAACCUGCCCCCUCUGAGCAGCAAGCAGUGAAAAAAGUCUGCAAAGCGCUUAUCU